AAUUCUCGGAAUAUCAUCAAGAAUAACCAGGAUGGCGUUGUACGAACUCGUCGACAUCGGAGCCAAUCUGGGUCAUCCUUCAUAUCAAAAGGAUUUGAAUGAUGUGCUCGAUCGUGCCAAGCAAGCCGGGUUGUCGAAAAUUAUGGUUACUGGAACCAGCGAAAAAAUUAGUCAUGAAUGUGCAGAUCUCGUUGAAAAGUAUCCGGGAUUUUUGUAUUUUACUGCAGGCGUUCAUCCGCACGAUGCCAAGGAUUGGAAUGAUGGAACAUUGGAAGCUCUCAAAAAAUUACAAGAAAACCCGAGUUGCGUGGCUGUUGGCGAAUGUGGUCUCGAUUUUAAUCGCAACUUUUCUCCACAAGAUGUGCAAAAAGAAGUGUUCGCAAAGCAAGUAGAUAUGGCUGUAAAGCUUCAGAAACCAUUGUUCAUUCACGAAAGAGAAGCUCAUGAAGAUAUGGUUAAAAUAUUAACAGCUGCCGGACCUUCCCUUCCACCCGCAGUCAUUCAUUGCUUCACUGGGACCGUAGUGGAGGCGAAGAAAUAUUUGGAAAUGGGGUUCUACAUCGGAUUGACAGGGUUCCUCUGGAAAGAUAGAUCAGAUAAUGGAGUGCAGGCAGGGCUUCGAUCUGGAGAAAUUCCGAUUGAAAAGCUGGUUCUUGAAACUGAUGCACCUUAUAUGUACCCGAAAAUCAACGAUAAAAAGAUUCCAAAAGAAAUCAAAAGCCUAAUUACCCCGGAAACCGAAGCGCUUCACAAUUUCUCUUCGUUCAAUCGGAAUGAGCCGUGUUCUCUAGCAGCCGUCUGUGAGCUUGUCGCUGCUUUUGCCGGUCGAGAUCCGAAGGAAGUUGCGAAGAUUACGACGGAAAAUGCGAAGAAAGUUUACAAACUAGAAUGAUUUUUUAUUGGAAAUUUUAAAAUAUUUAUUUUCUGCGUGGAACCCGUUGUUAUGAUGUAUUGUUUGCUAUUGUAAAUUGUUAAGCCAACCAUUUCAUGCAACGAGUAUCAUUAUGCACGUCUCGACAUGGAAGUGAGCAAUAUCUGAAAGAAACUGUAUAAUGUAUAUCACAGAUU